GAACUAGAAGAAGAAGAACUCGAAGAAGAAGAAGAAGAACUCGAAGAAGAAGAAGAACUUGAAGAAGAAGAAGAACUCGAAGAAGAAGUCGAAGAAGAACUCGAAGAAGAAGAAGAACUCGAAGAAGAAGAAGAAGAAGAAGAAGAAGAAGAACUCGAAGAAGAAGAAGAAGAAGAA